AUGGAUUUAACCCAUCCACAAAGCCCAUCGAACAAAGGGCCCAGUCCAGCAAACCGAGUCGACAUCGGCGCAGAAGCCGAUUCUCGAGAGAUCGACUCGACAGGGAGCGCUGAUAGUCGAAGCAGAGAGCAAGCGGAGCGAGACCAAACUCACCUUAAACAGAAAAUCGAGUCUGAUACUGCGAGAGGGAAAGGGCAUGAGAGGCCAGAGAAAGGACAAGGCGAAACAGAGGAGGAUGAUACUAAGAGUCUUAAAGCACCUCUCCUUGAACCUAAAGAGAAGAGAAACAAGACUCCAUGGACGAAACUUGGUGUCUUGAUCGUUGUUUGGGCGUCUUUCUUUGUCAUUUAUCUUCUUCGUGGUAACAAAGAUGGAAAGGGAAUCAUAACGAUAAAGCCUUGUGGUGUUGAGUAUUGGAUUCUGCUUUCACUUCAGAUACCUCUUGCUCUGGUGUUCACAAAGCUUGCUCUUUCGAGAACCGAAAGUCUACAAGAAAGAUCCUCUAACAAUCAGAAAGAUCAAGAAGGUACAAGACUAGACCAGUCCACACGGUUUAUGUUCCCGGUAAUGUCAUUUUUAGCCGGUUUAUUGGGUGGUAUAUUCGGUAUUGGUGGUGGAAUGCUUAUAAGCCCUCUUCUUCUUCAAGCUGGGAUACCACCACAGAUAACAGCAGCAACAACAUCAUUCAUGGUAUUCUUCUCAGCAACAAUGUCAGCAGUUCAAUACCUGCUACUUGGAAUGCAAAACACUGAAGCAGCUUACUUGUUCUCCUUGAUUUGCUUCUUUGCUUCGCUUCUCGGUCUUGUAUUGGUUCAAAAGGCAGUAGCUCAGUUUGGAAGAGCUUCCAUCAUUGUGUUCUCUGUAGGGACAGUGAUGUCUCUGAGCACAGUCCUUAUGACUAGCUUUGGAGCUCUUGAUGUAUGGACUGAUUAUGUGGCAGGCAAGGACAUGGGGUUCAAGCUGCCAUGUUAAAGAUAUUGUUUCUGAUCCUAAAUCACAAAACAAUAUCAUCGGUUUCUUUUUCUUGUUUUUUUCUGUAACAUUAAGAGGCUCUAAAUUGAUCUCUAUGUAAGAGGGAGAUUUGGAGCAAGGUGGCAAUGUAAUGUUUAUAUGUUUUUUUUGUAAAAUUUAAUAAUUUUGGGAUGUACCCAUAGUAAGAAGACCUUGACUGGAAACAACAGUUUAUUUGUCACAGUUUAGUGGCUGCUGGUGUUUUGUAGUCUUUGUAUUAAGUUGUAGUGUUGUGUAUGCGAAUGAACACGAAUGAUAACUUUGCUCAAAAAAAAAAAAACUUGCUGUUA